CCCGACCUGACUGUACUCGCUCCCCGCCGCAGCAGCCAUGGCCUCGUUCAGGAUCCCCGCCCUCCGCCACCUGGUCAGCCGGCCAUUGACCGCCCCGCGCAUCGCCCACCGCCGCUGGGCCGCCGUGCACGACGUGCGCUUCCUCGCCACCCACGGCGCCCAGGACCGCGUGCUGGCCAAGUACAAGGAAAAGCUGAACCGCAAAGCCCAAGAAGAGGGCCUCAAGGACGUCGGCGAGCUCAAGGAAGCCUACAAGGAAAAGAUCACGCAGCUGCGCAAGGAAGCCACGGUGCCCGGCGCCAACGCGCCGCUAGAAGCCCAAGACGCGCCCACGACGGCCAACGCGUUCAACCCGCCGCCGCCACCGUCUCCCACCGGGACGGCGAUCCCCACGCAAGACGGCGAAAAGGCGCCGCCGGGCGUCAAGACGCUGGCGUCGUUCCUCGACGUGCCCAAGACGCAGCAGCUGCCUGCAAAGGAAAUCGAGUACAUCUGGCGGCUGCGGCACGCGCAGAACCCGCAGUCGCUGUGCGCGACGCUGCCGGCGAACACCUGGAGCACCAUCGCACGCGCCGCGCGCCAGCACCCGCAGUUUGUGCUGCCGCUGCCGCGCGAGGCCCAGGGCGCCGAGCUGCACUUCCUGCAGUGGACGUUCCCGACGGCCGCGCAGGCCACCGUCCUCUUCACCUCGCUGGCCGAGUACAAGCUGCGCGCCGAGUUUAGCAGCCCCCAUACCACCGUCACGUUCCAUACGGACUUGGCGGGCGACAAGGACGUUGUCCUUGUCCAGGGCGAGGUCGUCCCUGAUCGUGGCGUCGCCGUCGAUCAGGCCAAGUGGCUGCUCAUGUGCUUGCAGAAGUUUUAUGGCCUGCAGGCCGAGGAGCAGGGCGGUGCGCGCAGGCGCCUGCUCGAGAUGUUCAGUAAUGGCGAUGCGGGGUUCAAGGUGGAGGAGUUGUUGGAGGAGGCGGAGAAGAUCUAGGCGCGAGCAAGGAUGGAAAUAUACCUAUGGGCGUUGAGGCGGGUAGACGAUAUUAUGUACAGGGGCUCACACCGGUACGUGUAGAUAGGUAAGUCGGCAUGCAGUGAGAAAAGUUUAAUGGCAGUCAAUUCCAGAUCAAUCCCAACUAACGGCAUUAAAAGACCUCCAUACGAAGAAACCAACGUAACACGUCA